AUGGCUGAAGAUGGCGCGAAGAAUCCUUUUGACCCGACCGCGGAGGAGGACCAUUCGGUCGUCGAGAUGUCAUCCAUAGCUCUUGACUCGCCAAGUGCCAGGCCCCUUUCACCAACUAGGAGGAGAGUGAAGAUCGCAAGUACGGUCUCAGAUGCCAAUGGGACAGGUUCGCCAGCUAAGAGUGGGUAUGAGAGCAUCACAAACGCCUCCCCUGCGGAGGGUGCCACCAGCAGUCCUAGGUCCCCCUCUCUUCGGAUCAGAAUUGAGAAUGAAACUCCAAGGAAAGAUGGUGGUCGGGGCUCCUCAAAGGGUGGGCAAUCCAGCUCCGCCGGACGCGAGUCGCUGUCUCCGGCGCACUCCUUCAAGGGGGAGGGAUCCAAGCGGAAAACCAAAUUUGAGCUUUUCGAACUUGACAACCUGGUCAACGCGUUGGGGCUUCGAAGUAUGGCUGGGCAAUCCGGAGGGGAUGAUGCUGAGGAAACGGAAGGUUUGACGACGGGUAGACGACGGCGCGCUUCCCUUGGCACUGUCAUGGGCGUCUUUGUACCGUGCCUACAAAACAUCAUGGGGAUCGUGCUGUUCAUCCGACUUUCCUGGAUUGUCGGUAUGGCUGGGAUUGGUGAAACGCUCCUCUUGACGGCCAUGUGCUGCCUCUGCACCUUUAUCACGUCUCUCUCUCUUAGUGCCAUUGCGACCAACGGUGCGAUGAAGGGCGGUGGCCCCUACUUUUUGAUUGGUCGGGCCCUAGGGCCUGAGGUCGGGGUCAGCAUAGGCAUCUGCUUCUUCCUGGGGAACGCACUGGCAGCAUCGCUUUACAUCCUGGGAGGCGUCGAAGUCAUCCUGGAUGCUGUUCCUGGCAUACGAAUUUUCGGAACCAAGUACACCGACCUCAACACGACGACCAGCAGCCAGGCCACCGCCAUCGUCACCCGCUCCACGAACCUCCACGACAUGCAAAUCUACGGCGUCAUCAUCACGGCGCUUCUCGGCCUGGCCGUUUUCGGGGGGGCAAAAAUCAUCGCCAGGCUCGGCCCCGGGUUCCUCAUCCCGGUCAUGGUGUCGCUCCUCUUCAUCUAUGUCGGGAUCAUUACCGCACCCAGGGGGCAGAUGUCACCCGGCAUUACGGGGCUGUCGUGGCACAAUUUUGCCAGCAACUGGGGCACCAAGUACCAGCGGACGACUGUAAACGGAGUGCCGGAUCCAGACGGGAAGGUGACCUGGGCCUUCAGGGACAUGCUGGGGCUGUUCUUUCCUGCUGUGACUGGUAUCCUGGCCGGUUCCAACCGGUCCUCCGUGCUCAAGGACCCGCAGCGCUCGAUUCCCGCCGGGACGCUCAGCGCGCACCUCACGUCCACGAUCAUUUACUUCGUCAGCAUCCUACUGUUCGGAAUGGUCGCCACCAGGGACUACCUGCUCGCCGACAGGUACCUAAGCGCCACGGUCGCGUGGCCCGUCCCCUCCGUCGUCUCCAUCGGC